AAGAGGAGGAGGAGCUUCUGCGUCGCCCGGCGUGCUGUCCUCAUUGGAGCUGGAGCCGAGCGAUGGCGGCUGCACGCACUGCAAGCGGGAAGGGGCUGCUGUUGCAGCUGCUGCGGAAAGAGGCGGCUUUGCCGACGGUCCCGUUCUUCGCCUUCGUUCCCCGCCGGCACCGGCACGCGCAAAAGAAGAAAUGGGCAUCCACCAUUCCUCGCAUGCCUUCCACCAGGCGGGCUCUGCGGGUCUUCGACAUGACCUAUGGUGUGCAGUUUGGCAGCCUCUGGCCCUCAAUCCGCAUCAGUCUUCUAUCAGAGCAGAAAUAUGGAGCUCUUAUCAACAAUUACUGUGAUGCACAGAAGGUCACCCAGCAACUGGAAGAAAUGCAUGCAGCGGAUUUCAUCUGGGAAUCUGGAAAAGUAGAACAGGACCUGGAUUCUGCAGUUCAGCAAGGUGCCAGUGAGCCUGACUUAUCCUCAGAAACUCAGACUGAUCCCUCUGAGCCCCAAACACAACCUCCUCGUUCUCCUUUCAUAUCCAUCAGUCCCAACAUAAAAUGUUACACAUUCCCAAAAGGAGAUAUCAGCCUUUUUCAUUCAGCCAGACCAGACAUGUUAGGAAUUCUGGGCUAUUAUCUUUUGGAUGCUGCAUCCAUCUUGCCUGUCUUGGCUCUCAAUGUGCAGCCUGGCAACCUGGUCCUUGACCUUUGCGCAGCACCAGGUGGAAAGAUGCUGGCCCUUCUACAGACUGGAUGUUGUCGACAGCUGGCCGCCAAUGACCUCUCUGUUUCCCGCACUCGUCGGCUGCGUCAAAUUCUCCAUAGCUACCUUCCGAAAGAGCUCAGCGAGAUAGUGAGGAUUACAUCGUGGGAUGGAAGGAAGUGGGGUGACCUGGAGAUGAAUACUUACGAUAGGGUGCUCGUGGAUGUACCAUGCACAAAUGACCGUCACUCAGUCAUAGAAGAGGACAACAAUAUGUUCCAUCAAAUGAGAAAGGGGGAGCGUCAGAUGUUGCCAAUGCUCCAGGUGGAGCUGCUUGUGGCUGGGAUACUUGCUGCCAAGCCAGGGGGAGAAGUCGUGUACUCAACGUGCUCCUUGUCUCAGCUCCAGAAUGAGUACGUGGUUGAGAGAGCUGUGGAGCUAUUAGCAAUCCAACAUGACAUUAGCAUCCGGGUUGAAGACUUGACCUGUUUUCGAAAGCGGUUCCAGGACACAUUUUCAUUCUAUCCUGACUGCAGACUUGGGGAACUCAUCCUUCCCCAUCUCACAGCUAACUUUGGACCCAUGUAUUUUUGCAAAUUGCACAGAUUGAAUUAGAAUGGGCAUGGCACGGCACGAAAAGUGGCCUGGGACAUUUCCAACUUCCCUUUGACACCUGUCUUUUUGAAUAAAGACUAUGAUGCAGCUUGCAAGAAAAACCAGCAUUUUGCUUAAUUGACCCCA